AUGGAAAGUGGUGCAGUUCUGCUGGAAUCCAAAUCCUCACCAUUCAACCUUCUGCAUGAAAUGCAUCAGCUGCGCCUUCUUGGUCACCUGUGUGAUGUGACUGUCAGCGUGGAGUACCAGGGUGUCCGCGAAGAGUUCAUGGCUCAUAAGGCUGUGCUGGCAGCCACCAGCAAGUUCUUUAAAGAAAUGUUUCUUAACGAGAAGACUGUGGAUGGUACGAGGACUAAUGUCUACCUAAAUGAAGUGCAAGUUGUUGACUUUGCUUCAUUUCUUGAGUUUGUCUACACUGCGAAGGUACAGGUAGAGGAAGAUCGGGUGCAGCGAAUGCUGGAAAUGGCCGAGAAACUGAAAUGUCUGGACUUAUCGGAAACUUGUUUUCAGUUGAAGAAGCAGAUGUUAGAGUCGGUACUUCUGGAGUUGCAGAACUUCUCCGAGUCACAGGAGGCAGAAGGGAGUAGUGGCUCCCAAGCCACCAUUGCCCCUGACCCCAGGGCAAGUCCCACUGUGGACAGUCCUCUUGCUAACGGCCUCGGGGAUUCCUCAGAUCCCCCAGCAGAGACAAUCAGCAAUGGUGUGUUGCCAGAUAUGCCCCCCAGGAAGUCCAAGGAGAAACCAGACAAGAAAAAAGAUGCAGUCAAGCCUCCCUACCCAAAAAUCAGAAGGGCCAGUGGAAGGCUGGCUGGAAGAAAGGUGUUUGUGGAAAUCCCUAAAAAGAAAUACACAAGAAGGCUCCGGGAGCAGCAGAGAAGUGCCGAGGACAACAUGGGGGACUACUGCAGCCCCCAGGACCCUAACCCGGAUGCCAUGGGUGCAGAAAUGGAGCCCGUCACAAAACAUGAAGAAUGUGGCACGGCAGUGGAGGCAGUGCAGGUGCUGCCAAAAGUGGGUGGCCGGGAGGACGCAGGCCGUCGGGAGGAGGACGAGGACGAGGAUGAGGAGGGUGAGAAGAGGAAGAGCAACUUCAAAUGCACUAUCUGUGAGAAAGCCUUUCUUUAUGAGAAGAGCUUCCUGAAGCACAUCCGGCACCAUCACGGAGUGGCCACUGAGGUGGUUCACCGCUGCGAUACGUGCGGCCAGACCUUUGCCAACCGCUGCAACCUCAAGAGCCACCAGCGCCACGUGCACAGCAGCGAGCGCCACUUCCCAUGCGAGCUAUGCGGCAAGAAGUUCAAGAGGAAGAAGGACGUCAAGCGGCACGUGGUGCAGGUGCACGAGGGUGGCGGCGAGCGACACCAGUGCCAGCAGUGCGGCAAGGGCCUGAGCUCUAAGACGGCGCUGCGGCUGCAUGAGCGGACGCACACGGGCCACAAGCCGUAUGGCUGCACCGAGUGCGAGGCCAAGUUCUCUCAGCCCUCGGCGCUGAAGACCCACAUGAGAAUUCAUACAGGGGAAAAACCUUUUGUCUGUGAUGAAUGUGGUGCAAGAUUCACUCAGAACCACAUGCUGAUUUAUCAUAAAAGGUGUCACACAGGUGAAAGACCUUUUAUGUGUGAAACAUGUGGCAAGAGUUUUGCUUCUAAGGAGUAUUUAAAACAUCACAAUAGAAUCCAUACUGGAUCCAAACCCUUUAAAUGUGAAGUUUGUUUCAGGACUUUUGCCCAACGGAAUUCGCUCUACCAGCAUAUUAAAGUCCAUACAGGGGAACGUCCUUACUGCUGUGACCAGUGUGGUAAGCAGUUUACCCAGCUCAACGCUCUCCAGCGUCACCAUCGCAUCCACACAGGGGAGAAGCCAUUCAUGUGUAACGCGUGCGGGCGGACGUUUACUGACAAGUCCACUCUGCGGCGGCACACCUCGAUACAUGAUAAGAAUACUCCAUGGAAGUCUUUCCUUGUUAUUGUAGAUGGCUCACCCAAGAAUGAUGACACACACAAGACUGAACAGCCGGACGAAGAAUACACACCAUCCAAACUUUCAGAUAAAUUGCUGUCUUUUGCAGAAAAUGGCCAUUUUCACAACCUAGCCACAGUCCAAGCUAGUGUACCUGCCGUGCACGAGAACAGUUCUGCAGACACGGCUUGCAAGUCAGAUGAUUCUGUGGUGUCUCAGGACGCUCUGCUGGCCACCACCAUCAGUGAGCUUAGUGAGCUGACUCCACAGACAGACCCGAUGCCCACACAGCUUCACUCUCUCACCAACAUGGAAUGA